CGCAUAGACAAAAAUAUAGAUUUUCUACGGAUAUGGCCGCAUAUCGGCAAUACAACUGCAAUGUUUUGUAUAAUCAUUUUUUAAAAUGUAUAAAGUGUUUUUUUAUUAUAGUGACUGACUAGCAGAUUGUGUAUAGUGCUGUGAUAUUUGUAAUGGAUAUAGAAGAGAGCGAAAUAAGAGAUGCAAUCGAGAUGGUAGAGACUCUCCAGUCCAUGAUCGACGUUGCAGCUGAAAGACUCGAGGGUCUGAGGACGCAAUGCUCCACGAGUGCGGGGCUGACGCAGCAGGAGAUCCGGACGUUGGAGGGCAAGCUGCUGAAGCACUUCGCGAAACAGUUGAAGAUCAAGGAGCGCUUUGAAGAAAUCCUGCCGCAGUUGAACGAUAUACCUUGCUUGCGGCAAUGGCUACGAGUGGUCGGGCUCAGCGAACAAGCCAUACAGCAAAUAUGUCUCCGAGUGUCAACCCUGGAUUCGCUCCGAGACCGAUCCGAUUCCGAACUACGCGCCUGGCUCGUUUCCGUGCGAGAGGAGGAAUGGAAACGUCUGUGUCGAGCUAUGAACCGACUGAGGGCUUAUUCCGACGCAUUAAAUCGCGGCGAAGCGGAAGUGGAAAUCCAACUUUACUGGGAUUCUUGGGACCGGAACCGGCAAGAAUGGGAACGAACGCGAUUAGAGUGGGAGCGGAGCCAACAGUGGCGGGGGUCGCCGCGAGCCCGCAUGAGGCAGCGCGGCUCCGUGCCCAGCGACCCCGACAACACGCCGCGCAAGGGUGAGUGUGGGAGCGAGACGAGACUAGAGUGGGAGCGGAGCCAACAGUGGCGGGGGUCGCCGCGAGCCCGCAUGAGGCAGCGCGGCUCCGUGCCCAGCGACCCCGACAACACGCCGCGCAAGGCCCGCAUGAGGCAGCGCGGCUCCGUGCCCAGCGACCCCGACAACACGCCGCGCAAGGGUGAGUGUGGGAGCGAGACGAGACUAGAGUGGGAGCGGAGCCAACAGUGGCGGGGGUCGCCGCGAGCCCGCAUGAGGCAGCGCGGCUCCGUGCCCAGCGACCCCGACAACACGCCGCGCAAGGGUGAGUGUGGGAGCGAGACGAGACUAGAGUGGGAGCGGAGCCAACAGUGGCGGGGGUCGCCGCGAGCCCGCAUGAGGCAGCGCGGCUCCGUGCCCAGCGACCCCGACAACACGCCGCGCAAGGGUGAGUGUGGGAGCGAGACGAGACUAGAGUGGGAGCGGAGCCAACAGUGGCGGGGGUCGCCGCGAGCCCGCAUGAGGCAGCGCGGCUCCGUGCCCAGCGACCCCGACAACACGCCGCGCAAGGGUGAGUGUGGGAGCGAGACGAGACUAGAGUGGGAGCGGAGCCAACAGUGGCGGGGGUCGCCGCGAGCCCGCAUGAGGCAGCGCGGCUCCGUGCCCAGCGACCCCGACAACACGCCGCGCAAGGGUGAGUGUGGGAGCGAGACGAGACUAGAGUGGGAGCGGAGCCAACAGUGGCGGGGGUCGCCGCGAGCCCGCAUGAGGCAGCGCGGCUCCGUGCCCAGCGACCCCGACAACACGCCGCGCAAGGGUAAGUGUGGGAGCGAGACGAGACUAGAGUGGGAGCGGAGCCAACAGUGGCGGGGGUCGCCGCGAGCCCGCAUGAGGCAGCGCGGCUCCGUGCCCAGCGACCCCGACAACACGCCGCGCAAGGGUGAGUGUGGGAGCGAGACGAGACUAGAGUGGGAGCGGAGCCAACAGUGGCGGGGGUCGCCGCGAGCCCGCAUGAGGCAGCGCGGCUCCGUGCCCAGCGACCCCGACAACACGCCGCGCAAGGGUGAGUGUGGGAGCGAGACGAGACUAGAGUGGGAGCGGAGCCAACAGUGGCGGGGGUCGCCGCGAGCCCGCAUGAGGCAGCGCGGCUCCGUGCCCAGCGACCCCGACAACACGCCGCGCAAGGGUGAGUGUGGGAGCGAGACGAGACUAGAGUGGGAGCGGAGCCAACAGUGGCGGGGGUCGCCGCGAGCCCGCAUGAGGCAGCGCGGCUCCGUGCCCAGCGACCCCGACAACACGCCGCGCAAGGGUGAGUGUUGGAGCGAGACGAGACUAGAGUGGGAGCGGAGCCAACAGUGGCGGGGGUCGCCGCGAGCCCGCAUGAGGCAGCGCGGCUCCGUGCCCAGCGACCCCGACAACACGCCGCGCAAGGGUGAGUGUGGGAGCGAGACGAGACUAGAGUGGGAGCGGAGCCAACAGUGGCGGGGGUCGCCGCGAGCCCGCAUGAGGCAGCGCGGCUCCGUGCCCAGCGACCCCGACAACACGCCGCGCAAGGUCGGAAAAUCGCCUAGGACACCUUUAAACAAACGAAAGGAAAAUUCGCACCUACCAGCACCGACGAACCUCACCAAGUCGCGGUCGCACGAGAGUCAACUCGCCGUACGACCGGACGAAGUUGGACCGGACGUCAGCGACCCCUCCCUCGCGGAGGCCGCCCCCUCCCACCUGGAAGCUGUGGGCUCGCCGCCCGCCUCCCCCGCCGUGCCGCCCUCGCCGCGCGCGCGCCCGCCGCCGCCCGCGCCCGACCCGCCCCCGCACGAGCCCCCCGCCGCCGCCCGAGACGGCAGCCUCACCGUGAGUACUUGCCUCGAGCCCUCCUACAAGAACACACACAGAACACGCCUCCCCCAGCGUGCCGCCCGCGCCCGACCCGCCCCCGCACGAGCCCCCCGCCGCCGCCCGAGACGGCAGCCUCACCAACACGCCUCCCCCCGCGUGCCGCCCGCGCCCGACCCGCCCCCGCACGAGCCCCCCGCCGCCGCCCGAGACGGCAGCCUCACCGUGAGUACUUGCCUCGAGCCCUCCUACAAGAACACACACAGAACACGCCUCCCCCAGCGUGCCGCCCGCGCCCGACCCGCCCCCGCACGACCCCCAACCGCCGCCCGAGACGGCAGCCUCACCGUGAGUACUUGCCUCGAGCCCUCCUACAAGAACACACACAGAACACGCCUCCCCCAGCGUGCCGCCCGCGCCCGACCCGCCCCCGCACGAGCCCCCAACCGCCGCCCGAGACGGCAGCCUCACCAACACGCCUCCCCCAGCGUGCCGCCCGCGCCCGACCCCCGACUGAUCGUCGUGGUUUUACAACCAAAACUUUACUCGAGGUGGGCGGAACGCCCGCUAGACGCUAACGCCGACCACCAACUUUUACUCCAUGAACAAAAAACUUGCUUGCAUCCAGAUUUAAUUUUAUACAUUUUAGGGCUCACAGACUUGCACAUCACCGUAACAAAAUCAACAAACAAUAAUAUAAAAUAUACGUUAUCUUCUUUCCCACAGGGUUCACUACCGUACAGCGUGAUCGGCGCCACGCCUCGCUCCCCGCGCACCCCCGUAGGCCGCUGCAUGGCGCACGACAUCGCGCAUCGAUUCGCUAAGACUUUCAAUAUGAUCGCGACGUGCGAUUAUUGUGACAAGCAGAUGCUGUUCGGUUCGGGGCUGAAGUGUAAAGAGUGCAAGUUUAAAUGUCACAGAGAUUGCGAGCCUAAAGUACCUCCAUCGUGCGGCCUACCCGUCGAGCUAGUCCACGCCUUUAGAGACAAAGUUAGCUUCAAAGAGACUCCAUUCGGGCCUACUCCGCUGCUGCACCUGCUGGCGGCGGGCUCGGCCGGCUCGCCGGGCGCGUCGCGCGGCUCGCUGCUCGGCACCAUACAGCGCUCGCACCGCCACAAGGAGAGGAGGCAGAAACACCCGGGCGACGACCUAUCGAACUCUUCCUCGUGCAACAGUUCCACACCUUCGUCGCCAGCGCUAGUGGCGCCCUCUACCCCCCACCACCCCCCGCACGUGCUGCAGCCCGCGCAGCCGCACAAGCCGCAGUUCCACUUCCCAGAAGUGAAACCUCCCGUAUCGAGUCCAAACCACGUGACGCCGGCGCCGACGCCUGCUCGAAUCGUCGACUUCAGUUCCGAAGUGGAGGAGAUUGAACCUGAAGAAAUGGCGGAAACGAACGACGCGCUGCAGGACUCGCUCGACGCCAACAACCAGAACCAACCGGGGCCGUGGCCGAGACAAAAUAGUUUAUCAUUAAAAGAAUGGGACAUCCCGUACGACGAGCUGAUACUCCUGGACGUGAUCGGCAAGGGCCGCUUCGGUACCGUCUACCGCGGCUGCUGGCACGGCGCCGUCGCGGUCAAACUGUUACACGUUCAGGCGCUAUCUGACCACGCCAUACCUCUAGACACCUUCAAACAUGAGGUGGCAACAUUCCGUAAAACCCGGCACGAGAACCUCGUGCUAUUCAUGGGCGCGUGCAUGAAGCCGCCGCGACUCGCCAUCGUGACGUCACUGUGCGGCGGCAUGACGCUACACAUGCACAUCCACCUGCGGAAGGACAAGUUCAACCCCAACAAGAGUCUUAGUAUAGCGCAACAGAUAACGCAGGGUAUGGGAUAUCUGCACGCGCGCGGCAUCCUACACAAGGAUCUUCGGACGAAGAACAUAUUCGUCGAGAACGGGCGGGCCAUUAUCACAGAUUUUGGACUGUUCAGCGUCACCAAGCUGUGCUUCGGGAACAAUGCCCGCGGCGACAGCCUGGGCAUCCCGCCGGGCUGGCUGUGCUACCUGGCGCCCGAGCUCAUGCGCGCGCUGCGCCCGCACACCUCCCUGCACCUGCCCUUCAGCAAGCAGACCGACGUCUACGCGUUCGGAACUGUAUGGUAUGAGCUGCUCUGCCUCGAGUUCCCGUUCAAAGGGCAGCCGGCCGAGGCGAUCAUCUGGCAAGUCGGUAAGGGCGUCAAGCAGGCGCUCGGCAACAUGUCCUCCACUAAGGACGUCAAGGACAUGCUAAUGAGCUGCUGGGCGUACCAGCCGCCCUCGCGGCCCGACUUCGCGUCGCUGCUGGCCUCGUUCGAGAAGCUGCCGCGCAAGCGCCUGGCGCGCUCGCCCUCGCACCCCGUCAACAUGUCGCGCUCGGCCGAGGCCAUCUUCUGAGCCUGACGCGCUCGCACGCGCGCGCCCCGCGAGUGCGAGCGCCGGCGCCGCCACAAGCUCUGCCAGCUGACCACGUGAGCUGCCAUCACUCUCACGGUAGCGGCGAGAAGGGACUAUCUUAGUCGUAUAAAAUGCUUGUAACAAGUGUAUUUUCAUCACACUUGCUCGAAAAAGAUCUUAUUUAAUGCAGGUGUACUGAAGGACGAAGGCCUAUAUUGUUGCCGCGGGAGUCAUGGGUUCUGAAAAAAAAAUAGCUUUUUCUUUUAAUCCUGUCACUAAUUCAUACGAACCAUGUAAGUUUACAUUUAAAAUAAUGACGUUUAUAAUUUUAUAUUUUUGUUUAUGUUUAAAUUUAUUUAAUUCGAUUAACUUAACAGCCGUUUAAAAUAUUUUUACAUAAUUUCCAAUCGUGGCUGAAUGCCGAAUAGAUCUGUGCCUUCGAUACCUAACCUGUCAAGAAAAUACAAAAUGGCGGACGAAUGUUUGAUAUGUCACCAUAUUUAAGAAUUAUUUCGCUUAAAAUUUAGUUUUUUCCUCACAAGUGUGAUGAAAAACAUUGUGUGUAACUCCGGGGGUAAGAAUAUUGCAAACUCGGGUCUUUAAUUCCCUCCAGCCUGCAGCUGUCGGAAAUUACCACCCUCGUAUCCAAAGUUCACUUACCCCCCCUCGUUGCACAAUGUACUAUUGUCCCCGUUACACACAGAUCGGAAUAGGUGCAUUCAUAUAAAACAUUCCCUGUCCCCGCCUCAUGUAUGGCGGCGGUCACGUGGGACGGGGAUAAAUGAGAAUAUACCAACACCGACGCCAGAGUGAGUGAAGUAAAACAACAAGCAAAGUAAUAUGACGAAACAGAGUAAAAAGACAAGACUAAAAAAAAUCUUGUCUGAACCUCAUUUUUAUAACGUCGCAUCGUGCACAGGCAGACUUUCUGAUUUACUAACUAAUAAGGGGUUUUAAGCUAGUCUAUAUCUAAACAAAAGGGAUAUAGGUUAGGUAAAGAAAGACGAUACAUUUCAACUAGAUCAAAAUGAGUUUAUCUAUGUGUACAUUAGAAGUAAAAAAAAAGAUAUAAACAUUUAUGUAAACCAUGCAGACGAAACAAGGAUAUUUAAAUGUUUCCCUGUCUUACAAAGCGUUAAGACUUACUUGAAUUUGUAACUAUACCUAAUUAUAGUUUCAUUAAUUCAAUGUAAACGUAAUUCUUUCAACGCUUUAAUUCUUUAUUCGAAGAACUAAAGAAAAUAAUGGGUCAGAGUUGGGUAUCGAAGCUUUGAUCGAAUCGGUAAAAAUAGACGUGCAAAAUUAAACCUUAGGCAACAGAACGUGGGUGGUUUUUCAAAUAUCAGUAAAUAUAAAUGACAGUAACAGUAAUAUACACAACUUUGAUUGAGUUGUUAGCGUUUGAUUUCAAUGUAACAAAACGACUUAUCGUCAACUUACUGCAAUAAUGAAGUUUUUGACAGGUUGUACCCAAGAUAGAAAGGGUCAACGCUACUUGACGCUACUUAUAUUAGUAUAAGAAUUAUUAUAAUGUAUCUACGUUGAAAUAAUGUUAAUUUACUCAAAUCAAUGAGGUUGCAGUGAAACAUACAAUGUAGUCCUAGAGUCAUACCAAGAUAAGUUUGCAGAGAUUUUGACAGCCUAGAAAGUGUAGGCGUUAUUUUACAAGCUUUUAUUUACUUUCACCUGACCGUUGUCUGUUUGUAAUCAAAUCUUGCAAGUUAAAUUUGAUCCACUUCCCGGUUUCCGAUUGAGCUGAAAAUUUGCAUACAUAUGUAAGUCGGGUGACAAUGCAAUAUUAUGGUACCAUCGAGCUAAUCUGAUGAUGGAGACAAGAGGUGGACAUAAAAACUCUGUGAUAAAACAACGCAACCUAACUGUGUUUGGGGUUUUUAGAAUUGUCUCGAUGAGUAUUAGUUGCCUGUGGAAAGAAAAGUACAGUCAGCAGUUUGUACCAUAAAUGAAAUUUUUGCCAAAAACUUUUAAACAUCAUGAAACUUCUAUGAAAUUAUGACAUUUACUUAACACUUGCACAGGCUGGGCUAUCAAAAUCGCUGCCAACUUAGCUUGGUCUGACUCUAUAUUUUACAAUUUGACAAAGGAAGUGUUCUAAUGUAAAUAAUAUAUAUAUCUUCUUUAUCAUCCUGUAAAAUUGUUGGAUAGUUGCGGACCUCGUUGGUUAAACUUGUAAAGCCUUGAUCUCGUAAAUAGAGUAACGAGUAAAUUAUAUUUUCUUAUCAACCUGGACGUAGAUUUGUUGAACGUGUAAAUAUUGUACAGUGUUACUAGGUGUGUGGAUGACAUGCUGGGCUUUUACUUACACAUGAACUAUAUUUUAUAUCGGAGAUGCGGUAAAAAACGUGUAAAUAAAAUGGUACCAAAGAGAAUUUCAAAUAGAGGUGGAUUGUCGAAGAAAACUUUAUAGCCACAGUAAAUUUACUGCCAUCGUUUGACACAUAAAAUUUUUAGAACGCCAUUUGACUUUUAUCCUUAUUCUUUCUUUAAUAUAUGUUAAAUUUGUUAAAUAUCAAAAAGUGGCGCCAUCUUACCGGGCAUAGCAAAGGUUAUGGCGCCGUCGCUCGAAACCUUUGGCGCUAAUUUUUGAUAUUUAACACAUAUCUGUGAAAGAAUAAACAUCAAAGUCAAAUGGCGCUCUAAAAGUUUUACUCAUAUGUCGAAAGAUGGCAGUAAAUUUACUGUAGCUACAAAGUUUUCUUUGACAAUCCACCUCUAUUUAAAAUUCUCUUUGAUGGUACUUAUGCAUCAUAGGCGAUCGAACGAAAUCAAGAAAAUGUAAAGACAUGUCAGUUGAUAGAAUCAUACCUGGACAUGAUACAAAGGAUUGUAUAAGUGAAAGCCCUAGUGUUAAAAUUGUAUAAAUUAAUAUAAUGUUGAUGUUUAAAGUAUACAGAAUCUGUCGACCGCGAGUGUCCUUACACCUAUACAAGGUGUCGUGUAUAUUUCCAGGCAAAUAUUAUAAAGAAAUCUUGAGUUAUAAAGCCUAAUACAUUACAAUCUCACUAAUCCGGCACUGAUGCUGACACAAGAGAGACAGAUUACUGGAAGUUAGAGCAAAUCUGCAUAUUUUGAUAUGUUUUUUAGUAUGUUGUAGUGAUACAUUUUACUAAAAUACUAAAUUCAUGGAAAAUCUUACUGUUAUCUGGAACUUAACCAUUUAUAAAAAGAUUGAACUGCGAUAAUGUAAGUGCACAUAGUAAAUUAGGACAAUGAUCAUUAGUACCCAAAUUUCAGUGCUGGAUUACUGGGUAUACCGAACCAUCCACAAGUGCCAGAUUAUCAAGAUUUCACUGUAAUUGGAAACCUCUUAUCGGGGGGGGGGUUUGGCAUUCAAUAAAGUGUCAAGUAUGUGCGACGCUAUUUUUAUUUGUAAUAAAGCCAAGAAGCUAAUAUUUGGCAUGAAUAGCAUUGAUAGCAUUUGAUAACUUUAAAGUCAAUGGUAUAAAUACAGAUUUGUGUAGGUUUAAUAACCUAGGCUGCCAUACGCGUCACGGAUCCGACAAAGUAGACCUUUUUGUGGAGUGCCCCUCGGCAGUUUGAGGAAAUAUAUGCUUUAUGUAUUUUAUUCCUAUUUGUUCUCAUGGUUGGUACACACAUCGACUAUCUAUCAAAGCAUCUGUAAAUACUGUUCAAACUUAUUACUAAUAGUUUCUUAACUGUCAGGUUGUUUGAGAAUCUUAUGUAGUUGAUGAUGGGAAUGCAGGGCUUGGCAAACGUAAUUAAUGAUUUUAAAUGUUACAUCUCACUCUAUUGUUGAAGUUUAUAUGGCAAUAGUACACCACAAAUAUAUGAUUAUAUGAUGGCUGAGAAACGUGCAUGUAAAAUGUUAUAUGUUUGUUGAAAACAAAGUAUUAUGUAAAAAUGGGGUUAAUAUUUUAAAUUGAUAAAUUAAAUUAGUUACAUCAUGUUAAAAUCAAAUUGUUUAUUAGUUAUUUAAAAUAAUUAAGUAGUACUGUACUUAGUUUUCAUUUUCACAAAUUGAUUUAAAAAUCAAUGCAAUUUAAAUUGAAAUAUAACUUAUCUUUCUGGUAGGCAACUUUAUCUUAUCAUGCUUUUUAAAAUUUUGUGUCUUUAUAGUUCUUGUGAACCUAAAAUGAAACCCAAGAUUAAAGAACAUCGGAAGAGACCCAUUAAUUUCCUGUUAAACACACCUACUGAAAAUGUAUUUGGCCUACUUUCAUGUACAAAAAAAACAUUUAAAUUAUUUUUACUGUAAUAUUAACCUGGUUCUUACAUUAUCGAAAUAGUAUAGAAAUUGUAAUUACUUUUACUAAAUUUUAUUAAUAAUAUUAUGUAAUAAAAGAAAAUUAUUCUGGUCACUCCACUCCUAUUGAAGAAGUUAGUUGUAAAUGGGGGGGUGUUGCCACUUGAUGUGUAUAUAGGGGUGUGGCUUAACAUGUAUCAUAUAUUUAUUGAUAGUUGAGUGUGAGGCCGUAGGUUUACAUAAGUAAUGAGAUUUUGAAUGAAUAGGAUAGUCGCAUUUGCCAAAAUAAAUCUCCAUCACUGUU